GUCUCGAGGCGAGUUGAACUCACUUCCGUCCAGGUAGAGUUUGUCUCUUCUCUAUACCACGUCAGUUUAAAGUUUUAUCGGAAAUAAGAAUCAAAUUCGAUGAAGGAUGGAAUUACUUUUCUGAAGAUCACCAGAAUUUUACAUUUUACUUCUUCACCAUUUGCAGCGAAUUGUUAUAUUCACCCCCGAACGCGGCUGCUUCUCGAACAUGUUCUACUUCCACUGUCCACCCCAACUGGACUCCAGUAGCCUGAACUCCGGUAGUUUUGGGUCGCAUGGCGCCGGGGAUUUUGAUGACGGUUUCCUGAGACGCAAGCAACGCAGAAACCGGACAACAUUCACCUUACAGCAGCUCGAGGCCCUGGAAGCUGUCUUUUCUCAGACACACUACCCGGAUGUGUUCACGCGCGAGGAGCUGGCCAUGAAAAUCAACCUCACAGAGGCGCGUGUCCAGGUGUGGUUCCAGAACAGACGGGCGAAGUGGAGGAAGACGGAACGCGGCAGUUCCGACGUGGACGGGAGCAAGGAGGCGCUGGGAGAUGGAACCGCCCCACCGCGGAACCUCAACCCCUCACCAGUGGAACCCAACCGCAAUAAGAAGGAACCGCUAGAGAUGCAGCAGAGUCUGAAUCGAGCAGUGGGGGCAGGUGGAGCCUUCUUCCCCUCCUGUCUUCCAGGAACUCUGUUGAACACGGCCACUUAUGCACAAGCACUGUCUCAGGUCGCCACGCUGAAAGGAGGUCCCCUGUGCUCCUGCUGUGUUCCUGACCCCAUGGGGCUGUCGUUCCUGCCACCGUAUGGUUGCCAGAGCAACCGCACGGCCAGCGUGGCGGCUCUGCGCAUGAAGGCCCGCGAGCAUUCCGAGGCCGUCCUGCAGUCCGCCAACCUCCUCAGCGUCGGUGCCAACGGCGUCGCCACGGCGCCCAGCGAAGCCAGCCCCCCCAAACCCGCCCCCGCAGCGGCCGGCCACGCCCCCCACACGCCCCCCGCCGACCCCAAAGAGGCCACGGAGGAGAAACGCGGCGGUCAGUUCAGCUCAGGAGGGAUUUAA